AAAUUUCACAGGGCUGCUUUUCUCUGCAGCUUUUGCUUUCCAUUUGACUCCGAAGAGGGAAGCAGACAGAGCCCUGCAUCGGGGUGUCUCUUGUGCUUCGCGGGGAACGUCCUGCUCGCUCGGGUGGCCGAUGGAGUCUCUCUCAGCUCUGACGAAGGGCAUUGACAUUGAGUCAGACCCUAAGGGGUUUUUCAAUGCAGCGCUAAAGGUGCAUGAGAAAUUCAUGGAGCUUUUCAAGGAUGGAGGCCAGGCAGAGGCAGCCGCCAAAGCUCGGGAGGAUCUGGAGUCGCUGGAAAACACCAAGCUCAACAUUGCUGUCACAGGGGAGACGGGCUCUGGAAAAUCCUCCUUCAUCAAUGCCCUUCGCGGUUUGGGUGCUGAAGAUCAAGGCGCGGCCCAGACCGGGGUGAUAGAAACAACGACCGAGCCGAUGGCUUAUCCCCAUCCAAGCUACCCGAAUGUGAUCCUGUGGGACCUGCCGGGGAUCGGGGCGAUGGAUUUUCGACCAGAGAGUUACCUCCAGAAGGUGAAUUUCAGCCGCUAUGACUUCUUUGUCAUUGUUGCUUCGGAGCGGUUCCGAUCCAGCCACGCCGACCUGGCCCAGGAGAUCCAGAGGAUGGAGAAGAAGUUCUAUUUUGUGCGCUGCAAAGUGGAUGAAGACUUGGCCAAUGAAAGAAGGGCUCAUCCUCAAGCCUACGUCGAAGAGAAUGUUCUCCAGAGGAUCAGGGAGCACGCCAGGAAGUGCCUGAGAGACCAAGGAGCAAUCGACCCCCAGGUCUUUCUUCUCUCCAACUGGGACUUAGACCAGUAUGAUUUUCCCUUGCUGGAGGAGACUCUGGAGAAGGACCUCCCGCAUCUACAGAGACUUGUGUUCCUGCUCAGCCUCCCCAACUUCUCUCCGGAAAUCAUAGAGAAGAAGAAAUCUGCUCUGCGUGGACACUUAUGGAAAAUAUCCCUGGUGUCAGCUUUUAUCAAUGUCCUUCCCAUGAAAGGUGUCUCUCUUGCCUGUGAUGUUGGCCUCCUGUUGGUAUCCAUGAUCGCCUUCUAUAAACAAUUCAACCUUGACGAUGACUCCUUAGCUAAGCUGGCCAGGCAGGCUGGGAAGCCUGUCGCAGAGCUCAAGGCUGUUAUUGUCUCACCGCAAGGGGAAGAUCUCGUCCGAGAUGUAUUAAUGAAGAAGUUUGUCCAGGUUGGGUGCAGACUCACCCGCUCAGUCGAACAAUGCUUUGACUUCGUCCCAGUGAUUAGCACCCUGGCUGCAGCCGGGUUGUCCUUUGCCACGUCCUACUCCAUUCUGUCAAACUUCCUGGAGAAGGUGGCUGCGGAUGCACAAAGGGUUCGCAAGAAAGCUCUGGAGGAUAUGGCUGCUACAGAAGAGGUAUCAAGGAGCAUAUUUCAAGAUAUGGAUGUUAAACUCCCUGGUAUGUCCGAGAAGGAUCUUGAAGAGCUAAAGGCAGCUUUUGAAACAGGGAACCUUUCAGAAGCAGCUUCCAAAGCACAGGAAGCCCUGGAGCUGUCAAAAAACACCAAGCUUGACAUCGCCAUCACGGGGGAGUCGGGAUCUGGGAAAUCUUCCUUUGUCAACGCCAUGCUGGAGUUAGCCGACGAUGACGAAGGAGCGGCAGAGGUUGGCAUCACAGAAAAGACAAUGGAGCCAAUCGCUUAUCCACAUCCCACGCUUCCCAAUGUGAAGAUGUGGGACCUGCCUGGGAUUGGGACACCAAGUUUCCGGCCUGACUCCUACCUUCAGCAGGUCAGCUUUGCCCGCUAUGACUUCUUCAUCAUUGUCACUUCGAAGCGCUUCAGAUCUUGUGACGCAGACCUGGCCCAGGAGAUCCAGAAGAUGGGGAAGAAGUUCUACUUUGUGCGCUCCAAAGUGGAUGAGGACUUGAGAAAUGAAAGUAGAAAAAGAAACUACGACCGGGAGACCACCUUGCAGACAAUCCGAGACGACUGUGUGGAGAAGCUGAAGACAGCAGGGGUGAGUUCCCCACAGGUUUUCCUCAUUUCCAGGUGGGAAUUCGACCAGUACGAUUCGCCUCAACUGCAGGAAACUCUGGCCAAUGAACUGGACUCUCACAAGAGACACGUUUUCCUCUUGGCGCUUCCCAACAUCUCAGAGCCAAUCCUGGUUAAGAAAAAAGAAGCCCUGAAGAGCCAGAUCUGGAAACGAGCCCUGAAGUCGUGUGUUAUUGCAGCUGUUCCCAUCCCCCACCUCUCUGUCUCAUGUGACAUUGACAUCCUGGUGGAAUCUAUGAUCGAGUAUUGCAAAGUCUUUGGUUUGGAUGAAGAAUCCCUCGUUAAACUCUCCAAACAGGUCAGGAAACCAGUGUCUCAGCUGAAGGAAGUGAUAAAAACCCCGUUGGCCAAGGAAAUCUCUACAGAAAAUGCUUUGGAGCUGUUGAGUAAAGUUUUAGGUAGUGGAAUAGGGCCAUUAACCGACUGUCUUUUAACAUCAUGUAAACCUAAAUCAUCUAAGCCUACUCAUCUUGCCUGGGAGCAAGGGGACAAGGAGACGGGUCAUGCCAUGAUACAAAUUAAAAAGUACCUAAGCCUCAUACCAGUGUAUGGAACCUUCCUAGCUGCAGCGAUCUCGUGGCAAGUCACAUUCUGCACCCUGCAUUCCUUUCUGGAAGGCGUUGCUGAGGAUGCCCACCGGCUGCUCACCGAGGCUCUGGAGGUGGCAGAGAAAAAGUCCGUUUAGUGGCACCGGGGAGGAUGGCGUUGCAGUCAGAGUGUUGGAGUGUGACUCAGGAGACCUUGCUUUACCACAGCCUGACUGUGGGGCCUUCAUCGCAUCUCGUCUUCUCUGUGCCGUAGUUUCCCCUGCUUACAACACGGAAAGAAUAAUCCUUUGUCGACUUAGACUGUAAACUGGCUGGGGCAGAAACGGUGUCUCCCUGUGUGUCUGUGCAGCCCCCGGCGCAACGGGGCCCUGAUCUGGGUCGGGGUUGUCGAGAUGUGUUUGUUGAGGAUUAUAAUGAAGAGAUGCUCCCACAUAAUGGACUGUAUUAUGAAUGCAGGGAUUUAGUGAUGUGCCCUGGAAGCCCAGUAUAGCUGUGCACAGCAGGUCCCCACAGACAGAAACUCUCUCGUUUGUUUUAUUAAAAGUUGUAUUCCUGUGUCA